AUGCUGCACAGCUGUCGUCGCUGGUGCCUUGGCCUUUGGCCAACUUCGCUGCUGCUGCUGCAGUUUUUUGGCAAUGCCGACGCCUUUACGAUACUCUCGCCCUUCAGCUACACCUCGCUGAGCUUUAAGAAUCUGCUGAAUAGCGUGCUGCUCUCCAGCAAUGCCAACCUGGCGGGCGGCGGUCGCAACCUGAAGUCCGAUGUGCUAGAGGAUGCAUCGCUGAUAACGCCGAAAUUAAUACGCAAAUAUGGCUAUCCAUCGGAGACGCACACGGUGGUGACCAAAGAUGGCUAUAUACUGGAAAUGCAUCGCAUACCAAAGAAGGGCGCCCAACCAGUGCUCCUGAUGCAUGGCAUAUUGGAUACAUCGGCGACAUGGGUGCUCAUGGGUCCCAAGUCCGGUUUGGGCUAUAUGCUGUCCGAUUUGGGCUACGAUGUCUGGAUGGGGAAUUCGCGAGGUAAUCGCUACUCGAAGAAUCACACAAGUCUGAAUAGCGACUAUCAAGAGUUCUGGGACUUCACCUUUCAUGAGAUGGGGAAAUACGAUCUGCCCGCCAAUAUCGACUAUAUACUGAGCAAGACGGGCUACGAGCAACUACACUAUAUCGGCCACUCACAAGGCACGGCUAUAUUCUGGGUGCUGUGCUCCGAACAGCCCGCAUACACCCAAAAAAUAACAUCGAUGCAUGCUCUGGCCCCCAUCGCCUAUAUACACGACAUGAAGAGUCCGUUGUUUCGCACGCUGGUUCUGUUCCUCGAUUUCCUUACUGCUGCCACACGCAUGCUGCGCAUCACGGAAUUCAUGCCGAACACGAAAUUCCUGGUGGACCACAGCCAGGUCGUGUGCCACGACAACGCCAUGACGCAGGACGUCUGCUCGAAUAUCCUGUUUUUGGUCGCCGGCUACAAUUCGGAGCAGCUGAAUAAGACAAUGCUGCCCGUAAUGCUGAGUCACACGCCCUCGGGCGCUUCAAUCAAGCAGCUCGAACACUUUGGCCAACUGAUGAAGUCGGGACAUUUUCGUAAAUUCGAUCGCGGCUACUUGCGCAAUCAGCUGGAAUAUAAUCGCAUGACACCACCAGAUUACGAUCUCUCUCGCGUCAAGGUACCAGUGGCGCUCUAUUAUUCAGUCAAUGAUCUACUCGUAUCCACCACAGGCGUCGAUCGCCUGGCUCGCGAGUUGCCCAAUGUGAUUGACAAGUAUUUGGUGCCCAUGGAACGCUUCAAUCAUCUCGACUUUCUAUGGGCUAUAGACGUCAAGCCCUUGGUGUACAAUCGUUUGGUGCGUAACAUACGACGCGUGGAGAACCACAAGGCGAAACUGACGGCAAACUUGGCCAGUUUUCUGGCCAUGCAGCAACAACUACAACUGCAGCUGCAACGUCAGCAGCUGCAGCAACAAAUGCAGCAACAGCAACAAAACCAAAUACAGCUCUUGGAGCUGACUACGACAACGACCACGUUGCCCACAAUUAUCACCACAGCAGCUGAGGAGGUCGAGGCAAACACAGAGACCGUUGCUCGCACAGAAAUUUUGGAGAGCACCUCCGAAAUGACAACGUGA